CUUUGGCGAAUCGACAGAUGGACACACAAGUAGAAAGACUAGCCAUGGCACGUAUCUUUUUGCUGAUCGUUUUGCUCGUCGCCGCCGCCCUGGCCAACGAACCUUCGAACAAGCAACAAGAAUCAGAGUUUCAACAGGAAAUGUUGAAGAAUUUGAACAAAACAAAUGAAAAUCUGGACCGUUUUAUGAGAAGCGUCUACGAACAGGUUGUGGUGACGCGGAAGGCGGCGGAGGAGCAAAACGAGGCGCUGAUCAAAUUUUCCGUCGCGACCAACGAUCGACUGGACCAAAUGGCAAAAACGAUGAUAGACGCGGAGAAAAAUUUGAACGAAACAACUAACGACAGGUUCAAUCAGUUGCAAAAACAAAAUGAGCAGACUUUGGAGUAUGUGAAGCAGGUGGGAAAACAACAGAAUCAAAAGCUUGAUGCUUUGGCAAACCUCACCGAGCAUCAUAUUCAGAUCUUUCAAACCAGAUUCCCUCCGCACUGCAACCUCGCUCGUUCAUCAAAACUGACGUUGCUGACCAACGGCAAGAAGUACUUUUUUUCUCCAACUUUCACAAACUGGAAUUCUGCAAAUGAGACUUGCGCCAAAAUGGGCCUCCAUUUGGCCACAAUCAGAGAUCAAAAUGAGGCACUGAUAGUUGCGACAGGAGGAAAAACAUUUUAUCCUGGUAAUUCUUGUUGGGUUUCGGCAAAAAACCAGGGAAGGGGAAGUGAAAAGGACUUUCGUUGGAGCGACGGAACCAAGUUGGCGUUGAACAGUCCGUUGUGGAUGGACAAGGCGGACAAGAAGAAGGACUGUGUCCUCAUCUAUCAUGGAUGGAAUAAGGGAAAAUUGAAUGGCAACAUAUGCACCAUUAAUCAGCCUUUCAUUUGCGAACUGCCAAACGAAUGUUACUGAGAAUCAAUUUUAUUUGCUUUAUCGCCGCGAUUCAAGAAGUUUUUCAACGCAAUCAAAUGUAAAAUUUAAACGUAUAUAAAUUUUCCAUCACUUUGGCCAGAAUGUCUUGUUGAGAACACGGUUUUACCAUUCGAUUUUGGAAUAAAUUUGGUAA